ACAACGGCGGGUAGGGAAACAAAGCGUAGUGGAGGGGGAGGAGGGAGGAGCAGUAGGAGGUGCCAUGCAGGAGGAGGCGUCGAAUUUUGGCCAACCAAAGAAAGGUGUCUUGUCUGGGCGUCAUUAGCAUGUGGGUCUGUAAAUACAGCGCGCGCGAGGCGGGCGCUAGUCAUUCCCUGUUCGUGUACUCGAGUAGCACCAUCAUGCCCGAUCCAGCCAAGGCCGCGCCCAAGAAGGGAUCAAAGAAAGCCGUGACCAAGACGGCCGGUAAAGGAGGCAAGAAGCGCAGAAAGUCCAGGAAGGAGAGUUAUGCCAUCUACGUGUACAAGGUCCUGAAGCAGGUGCAUCCUGACACCGGCAUCUCAUCUAAGGCCAUGGGCAUUAUGAACUCCUUCGUGAAUGAUAUUUUUGAGCGCAUCGCCGGUGAGUCUUCUCGUCUAGCUCACUACAACAAGCGCUCCACCAUCACCUCCAGGGAGAUCCAGACCGCCGUGCGCCUGUUGCUUCCCGGCGAGCUGGCCAAGCACGCCGUGUCCGAGGGCACAAAGGCCGUCACCAAGUACACCAGCUCCAAAUAAAGCGCGUUACCCCCGUCUUCGUCAACCCAACGGCUCUUUUAAGAGCCACCCACUUUUCAUAAAAAGCGCAAUCUCCUCUUUUUCGCUUUCUCGCUCGCUGUGUGUGUGUGUGUGUGUGUGUGUGUGUGAGUGAGUGAGUGAAUGAUUGAGUGAGAGGGGGAUUUCUGAAGCGCUGCACUCCCGCGGAUGUUCAGGCUGUUGGGUAAUUAUAGCAGUCUGCUAAAUGCGGAGAUGAGUAAAUUUUAAACAGGCUUGUAGCACGGUUUCUCGGGGUUGUAUAAUCUGGGCAAUGCAAAAUGGGGCUUUAGCAGCACAAAGUUAUUCGUAUUAAGAUUGUAGCAACAGGAAGUAACUGAAAAUGGUAUUCUAGUAGCACAUAAUCAUUCUAAAUCAGGGGUGCCCAAUCUUUUUCCUAGGAAGGGCCAAAAAUCAAACUUGCUUGAGGGCUGUGGGCCAAAUGUAAAUGUUGCAUUAUACCAAACUGUAUUAUAUUAAAAUUAAAGUUGCCAUGGUUCACCUCAUUUAUCAUUUCAUAAUAUUUACAAAUAAAUAAAUAGAAAACAUUAGUCUGUAUCUGCUUAACUAAUGCAGUUUUAUUUUCAGAGUUUUAUAUUUCAAUGAAACUUAUAGUAUAAUGAAAACAUAGAAACAAUCCCAUUUAUAAUACAUGUUCAAUGCCUAAUACAACUAUUCAAGCUAUAAGUAAUACAGCCACAUGCCUGCAAUAUCAGUGACCUCUAAUGAGACACAUGAAGCUGGUCCUUAUUUUUCCAAAGUUUUUCCAAAUUGGGAUGCAGCUGACUUACUGUCAAAGUCAGGAUAUUAUGUAGGUGAGAGUCAGUUAGUUUGCAUCUCCGUUUACACUUGUUCAAGUUCAUCAGACUGAAAGUCUGUUCACAGUGGUAGGUACUGCCAAACAGAGACAGCAUCACUUGUGCCUGUUUGCACAUCUUUGGG